AUGAGUAUUCGGAUAAAUGCGACCGUCCAUGAAGCCCGGGCAGCUGCAGGCCACACUAAGGAGCAAUGGGACCGCUUCUAUUUCAUAACCAAGGACGAAGCGAAGCAGCUGUCGGAAGCGCACAAGGACUGGUCAAGAUGGAUACUGAUCCCCGCGAAUGAGAAAGAAAAAAUGUUGGAGCGCAUCAAUGCGCGACUACAAGCCGAAGGCAUACGACCGGUCGAAAUGAUUAUACUCAAGUGGCGGGUGUCGCAGCUGCUGAGAGACAUCCAGCGGAAGUUUUCUAAUUGUGACGAACGUUUAGCCGAAGGUGACAUGCUGAGAGGGAUAACCGUUGCGAGUUCGGGAUCGCAAAUGCAGGUCCAGACUCAGUCGGACAACGCUUCGCAGCAGUCAUUAAGCCCACAGCCUUCGGAGCACUCACCGAGCGAGACGCGCCCGUACGACCCCAUUCGGGACGUCUAA